AUGGAGCACCAGGUGCGAGGGGGACUGUCUCAAGAGCAGCCAAUUUCUAUCGUUAGGCCUUUUUUGACAAAGAACUCUUCUUCUUCGCUACCAUCAAAGCUCACUCCUUCCUCCUUCCUGCGCAUCGGGCAGCUGAGCAAUGUGGACCUCAACGAGGACAUCCAUGAGCUGCAGACAGAGCUCCCUCGGCAGCGUCCCAACGAGAUCCCCCACAAUGAGAAGCUCCUGUCGCUCAAGUACGAGAGCUUAGACUAUGACAACAGUGAAAACCAGCUAUUCCUGGAGGAAGAGAGGAGGAUAAACCACGCGGCAUUCCGGACAGUGGAGAUCAAGCGCUGGGUGAUCUGCGCCAUGAUCGGGAUCCUCACCGGCCUCGUCGCCUGCUUCAUCGACAUCGUGGUGGAGAACCUGGCUGGGCUCAAGUACAGGGUGGUGAAGGACAACAUUGACAAGUUCACAGCCAAAGGGGGCCUCUCUUUCUCCCUGUUGCUCUGGGCCACCCUGAAUGCCAGCGUGGUGAUGGUGGGCUCUGUGAUCGUUGCUUUCAUAGAGCCCGUGGCAGCUGGCAGUGGCAUUCCCCAGAUCAAGUGCUAUCUCAACGGGGUGAAGAUUCCACACGUUGUCCGCCUCAAGACCCUGGUGAUCAAAGUCUGCGGGGUCAUCCUCUCGGUGGUUGGCGGCCUGGCUGUUGGGAAGGAAGGACCCAUGAUUCACUCUGGAGCUGUGAUUGCUGCUGGGAUCUCCCAGGGAAGAUCCACAUCUCUAAAGCGAGACUUCAAGAUCUUCGAGUACUUCCGCAGAGACACGGAAAAGAGGGACUUUGUCUCAGCUGGAGCUGCUGCUGGUGUCUCAGCUGCCUUUGGUGCCCCUGUGGGGGGUGUCCUGUUCAGCUUGGAGGAAGGAGCUUCCUUCUGGAACCAGUUCCUGACUUGGAGAAUUUUCUUUGCCUCCAUGAUCUCCACAUUCACCCUGAACUCUGUCCUGAGCGUUUACCAUGGCAAUGCCUGGGAUCUCUCCAGCCCUGGGCUCAUCAACUUCGGCAGGUUUGACAGCGAGAAAAUGGGAUACACAAUCCAGGAAAUUCCUAUCUUCAUCUUUAUGGGAGUGGUUGGUGGGAUCCUCGGGGCCCUGUUCAAUGCCCUCAAUUACUGGUUGACGAUGUUCCGGAUCAGGUACAUCCACCGGCCCUGCCUCCAGGUGGUCGAGGCCAUGCUGGUGGCAGCAGUGACAGCCACUGUGGGAUUUGUCAUGAUUUACUGCUCAAGAGAUUGCCAGCCCAUCCAGGGGAGCUCCGUGGCAUAUCCCCUGCAGCUUUUCUGUGCCGAUGGCGAGUACAACUCCAUGGCCACUGCCUUCUUCAACACACCUGAGAAGAGCGUUGUCAACCUCUUCCAUGACCCUCCAGGUUCCUACAACCCCAUGACUCUGGGCAUGUUCACACUGAUGUAUUUCUUCCUGGCCUGCUGGACCUAUGGCCUGACAGUGUCUGCAGGGGUGUUCAUCCCCUCCCUGCUGAUCGGCGCGGCCUGGGGGAGGCUCUUUGGCAUCUCCCUGUCCUACCUGACCAAGGGCUCGAUCUGGGCUGACCCUGGGAAGUACGCCCUGAUGGGAGCUGCUGCACAGCUGGGUGGGAUCGUGCGGAUGACACUGAGCCUCACGGUCAUCAUGAUGGAGGCAACAGGCAACGUCACCUAUGGCUUCCCCAUCAUGCUGGUGCUGAUGACUGCAAAGAUUGUGGGAGACUAUUUCGUGGAGGUGAGGGCUGUUUUAAGGUCCCUUCCAGCCCAAACCAUUGUGAUUCCAUGAUUCUGUGUGUGCUGCCCUGGGGCUGUGUUUCACUGGAGCCUUCCCUGCAGGGAGGUCAUGAGCACUCCUGUCACCUGCCUGCGGAGGAUCGAGCGGGUGGGCACCGUCGUGGACAUCCUCAGUGACACCUCCUCCAACCACAACGGCUUCCCCGUGGUGGAGAGCAACCCUGACACCACACAGGUGGCUGGACUGCGGGGUCUGAUUCUGCGCUCCCAGCUCAUCGUCCUGCUGAAGCACAAGGUGUUUGUGGAAAGGGCCAACCUGAGCCUGGUGCAGCGGCGGCUGAAGCUGAAGGAUUUUCGGGAUGCCUACCCCCGCUUCCCCCCCAUCCAGUCCAUCCACGUCUCCCAGGACGAGCGCGAGUGCAUGAUCGACCUCAGCGAGUUCAUGAACCCCUCUCCCUACACUGUGCCCCAGGAGGCAUCUCUGCCACGGGUGUUCAAGCUCUUCCGAGCCCUGGGACUGCGGCACUUGGUGGUCGUGGACAAUCGUAACGAGGUGGUGGGAAUGGUCACCCGCAAGGACCUGGCCAGGUACCGGCUGGGGAAGGAGGGCCUGGAGGAGCUGUCGCUGGCACAGACGUGAUGCAGAGCUGCCCAGCAGAGACAGGCCCUGGCCCCUCGGGGCUGGGGACCCCCUUUGGCAGGAGAUGGGGAGAGGACUGGGCCAGGCUGUGCAGGCAGUGCCUGCAGCACCGGCACGGCCGUGCUGCCCUGGCUCUCCUGCCCGUUGCUGCCUUCCUAUGUCUACUGCCUCCUCACCCCUUCCUCUGCUUCUCCGAGGGAUCAAAAUGCACCCUUGGCUCCGUUAGUUCCUGGGAUAGGCUCUCCCUGAGGGUUGGGUGAAGGCUGGAGUGUUCCACGGGGAGCAGAAGUGCCUUGCUGAGCUGGGCAUAGUCCUCUGCCAUGGCAUGUGGCCUCUGUUUCCUCAUCCACCCAGCCUGGACUGUCUGGGACCUAGCCCUGCCCUAGCCCCGGCUGCAGGUUCUGUGUGGGAGCAGAGGGGACAUGAUGGGGCCCCCUCCUGCCCCCAGGCCCCCUUUGACCCCUGUCCUGUGCUGGCUGGGUCAGGCUGAGCUCUGGGGUAGGUUCUUGCCUCCCUUGCCCCUUGGGCCAGAGGAGGGGGCCAUGCCCUGCUUGGCUGUGCAAUAAAAGGGCUCCCAUGGUUCUGCAGCUGCCACCUCUGGCUCUUUCUUGGCUCCCUCAGCCACUCUGACCCCAGCCCAUGGGCAGGGAGACACCCCUGGGGUUCGGGGCAGGGAUGGGGAGGGAAGACCUGCCUCCCCUGGGGCCAUGUUGGUCCUGCAGCCUGCCAAUCCUGCCACCACUGCUGCUUCCUCUCCCCUCCUCCCACAUUGGUGUCCAGAGUCACUCUUGGGGCUUAUUCUGGCCCUUUCCAGCAGUCUGGGCCCUGCUAGGCAUCCCAAACCCCAUCACCAGUCCUGGAUAUGGCUAGGGGUAGGGAGCAAGGCCUGCACUCCUGUGGGUGAUGAGGAAAGCUCCUGCUCUGGCACCUCACUCCCCCCAUCCUUCCUCCUCUCCUUGGCAUUGCCCCUUGCCUGGGGAUUGCCCCCUCCUCACUUGGGCAGGGCAACCUUGUGUCUGGAGGGGCUUUCAACUGUGGGAUCUGUGCUGAAAUAAAGUCUGUUUGUACUUUUA